CGUCACGUCAGCUGACAGAGCUUCAGAUCCAGAGCAGUCUGUAACACGGGACCAGAUCCUGGUUUCAGGAGGUCUGGAGUUCUCCAACAGAUCCAGGUUUCAGGAGGUCUGGAGUUCUCCAACAGAUCCAGGUUUCAGGAGGUCUGGAGUUUUCCAACAGAACCAGUUUUCAGGAGGUCUGGAGUUUUCUAACAGAACCAGGAUGAAAAGGAGAACCGGUCUCACUGGGCUGCGGAAUCCUGGACUGGAGCUGGAGAUGUUGGGAACCAGGAUCCAGAUCUCAGGGUGUUCCAGGUCAGGGAGGGGGGGGGGCUUGCCGGAGACAGAGGAGAAGAAAACUGCAGGGUGUCCCUCCAGAGACCAGGUACCAGGGUCUGGCUGAGAACAGAGAUCAGGAUCAGACCGACGGGACGGACAAAGCCCAGCUGAACAGAAAUCUGCUGAAUCACUUCAGAGAGCUGGCAGCCGCCGACCAGGACUCAGACCAGGUGGACCUGGACUUCCUGGAUCAGCUGAUCUCAGACGGAGCCGACCCGAACAGCUCGGACCGAUUUGGACAGACGGUCCUGCAUGAGGUCUCCAGAGCAUGGAGUGUGGAUGUGAUGCGGUUCUUCUUGGAUCGGGGUUCUGACCUCCACCAAGCAGAUCAGUUUGGGGUCACGGCUCUACAUGUGGCGUCGGCUCUGGACUACGAGGACAUGGUCCAGUUCCUCCUGGAGCACAAGGCUGACCCUGAGUCCAGGACUUUUCUAGACCUGCAGACUCCGCUCCACUUUGCCUCUAAGAACGACUCGUUGUCCUGCAUGAAAGCUCUGCUCCGAGCCGGAGCCUCCAUCAGCGCCAAGGAUUAUAAGAAGAGGACUCCAUUACAGCUGGCAGCAUGUGCAGAGCGCAGUGCCGCCGCCCGGCUGCUGCUGGAUUUCGGGGCCGAGGCGGGACUCACAGACUCUGACGGACAGCUCUGCAUCACCGCUAUGAUUGGUCUUAUGAGUCCAGUG